AAAAUGAAUUGGUAUUUUUGUCCCUCUAUAAAUCUUUAUAGAGUUUCGAUUUAUUUUUUCAUAUUGCCUUUUAAACAUUUUUAUUACGUCCAAGAUUAAUUCCUUCACUUUAAGGUUUUACGGGACUACAUGCCAUCUACAGUAAUGUGUGGUGAAUUGUUGGAACCUGAGCUGAACUGCAGAGAUAGAAAUAUCCCAUCGAGCCUCUCAUUUAUUCCUCUUCAUCUCUAUCCCCUCUUCACGCCCCCUCCCAAGCCGUCUCUCCGGGCGAACGCACUGCUGACUGCUGCUGCGGCGCCGACCCUCUCCCUCUCUCCUUCUCUUAGUCCCGCCGGUCGCCUGUGGACGCUGCCCGGCUUGGCCGAACAUGGCGGCGGCGCCGGAGGAGGAGGUAGACCGCAGACCGAUCCGGAGGGUCCGGUCCAAAAGCGACACGCCUUACAUCAAUGAGGCGCGGAUCUCCCUGCACCUGGAGACAGCAGAGGAAGUGGAGCGGCUGGCAUCGAUGCGCUCUGAUUCUCUGGUACCAGGAACCCACACGCCUCCCAUCCGCCGGCGGAGCAAGUUUGCCACUCUGGGACGCCUGUUUAAACCCUGGAAAUGGAGGAAGAAGAAGAGUGAGAAGUUCAAGCAGACCUCUGCAGUGUUGGAGAGGAAAAUGUCUACUCGCCAAAGCAGAGAGGAGCUCAUCAAGAAAGGACUCCUGAAGGAGGUUUAUGAGAAAGAUGGGUCAUCCUCUCCAGUUCUCAGGGAGGAGGUGAAGAUGGAGAACGGUCGCUCCCCAGCGCUCAGCUCUAUCCCAUCUGAACCUGAAGGUCCAGAGCUGAUGGAAGGAGCGACAGCCGCUGUAGCUGGAUGUUUGGAGUUUCAAAUGCAAAGUGAGGGUACAUGUCAACCAGACCAGGGCCAGAACUCCAGCCCAACUCCACCCACAAAGGCCUCGGCAGCAUUUCCUGCUGACGGAUCAGAAUCCCCCCGCUCAAGACCUCCUACGUUACACAAACAGCCGCCUGCUCUUCCACCCAAACCUUUCAGCAGACUCCCCAAUCACAUCACAGACGGCACCCCUGUGAAGUUGCCAUGCAUGUCAGCCAAGCUGUCUCCUCCUCUACCUCCGAAGAAGCUCCUGAUCUCCAUUCCUGCGGGGAGCAUGGAGCCCUCUCCUCUUGCCUUCCAGAAGUGCCCCGGCCCACCCAGCCACACUGGGAUGGGCGGACACUCGCUGCAGUAUGGGGCGCUGCCAGUAUCCCUGCACCCGCCCAGCAGGAUCAUAGAGGAACUCAACAAGACGCUUGCCCUCACCAUGCAGAGGUUUGAGAGUUCCAUGAUGCACACUGUUCCUGCCAUGAUGAUCGAGUGCGACGACGAUAAAGAAAAUCUCCCAAAUGAGGCCGACUACGAAGAGCUGCCUGGCAUGUACAGGGACGAGGAAGAAGAAGAAGAGGAGGAGGACGAUGAUGAUGAUGAUGAAGAAGAGGAAGAAGAAGAUGAUGAAGAUGAGGAGGAAGAAGAUGACGAUACACUGCUUACAAGUACGCUGGCCAUGAAGGUUUUACGGAAAGACUCUCUGGCCAUCAAGCUCAGUAACCGUCCGUCAAAGAGGGAGCUGCAAGAGAAGAACAUCCUGCCGAUGCAGUCGGACCAGGAGCGUCUGGAGUACCGGCAACAAACCGCCACCAAACUGACCAGGCGGUUGAGUCAGAGGCCGACAGCAGAGGAGCUGGAACAGAGAAACAUUCUGAAACCUCGAAAUGAUCUGGAGGAGCAGAAAGAGAAAAGGGAGAUCAAGAGACAUUUAUCCAAAAAGCUCAGCAACCGGCCCACAGUGGAGGAGCUGAGGGAGGCCAAGAUCCUCAUCCGAUUCAGUGACUACGUGGAAGUCGCUGAAGCUCAGGACUACGACAGGAGAGCAGACAAGCCAUGGACUCGGCUAACAGCAGCCGAUAAGGCUGCCAUCAGAAAAGAGCUGAAUGAGUUUAAAAGCACAGAGAUGGAGGUGCACGAGUCAAGCCGCCAUCUGACCAGGUUUCAUCGGCCGUAGUCUGCACUUCUGCUGCCGCUUUUUUAAGACCUUAAUCUUAAAAAAAGUAUCUGCUGCCCUCGAAUUGCUGAUCGGCAUCAACCUGUUUGAGUCAGGAAGUAGGAGCAAAACCUUUCAGAUGUUGGAGGGUUAUGGGGCUGAAAAAGAAACAAACUCAGAACUGUUGUUUUCCCUCAAUGGGAAUUUUAAUGACUUCUUGAUAUUCAAAAGCUUUUAACUGUCAUUUUUAUGAUGAAGCGGAGGAAAUAUUUAAUUUUGCCACACUUCUGAUGUUGGGAAAACUGUGCUAAGUUUGUGGACGGGAACAAUGAUUUUUUUAUUUAUUUUAUAAUCAUGUUCGUUGGUGUUUGGAGGGAACACAUUAGUCUAAAACAUGAGCCAACUUAUCCUGAAAUCAGAAUCAAAAACCAAAUCGACUCCCAGAAAUUUGACAUUUUAACUCGCCAGAAUUCAGUAAUCUGCUGCGUCACUGUGCCUACAGUAGUGUUUACAAUAAUUUUUGACUUGCCAAAUGACUAUUUAAAAUUGUAUACUAGUUAUUGAUGCAGCUAAGUGACUGAACUAUCUGGGAUCCAUCCGCCUUUUUAAAAUAAAACAUGAGAAACCUGCCACCUUACAGCUCAAACUGCAUCCACAAAUGUUUACUUCUGAUGCUGAGGAUUUAUUUAACUGUGUGUGUGUUUUUGUGUGUGAAUAAGAGUCAGUGUUCCUGCUGCCUCUUGUAUGUUUGAAACUGUUUUGGGAGGAAAAAUAUUCUCAGACUUCUUAGAGGAUGUACAUAAACUGAAAGAAUUUUCAAAUGUUCUUUUUGUAAACGGAGAACUGCAUGUUGAUAUUAAUUUAUUGUGAGUAUUCAAUGAUGUAUGGCAUUUCUCAAACAAAAAAGAAACUUA